AUGAACUCAAAUGCAGCGUCGUCCGUCACCGGAGUUCUUGGAUCGGCCGAUUCAACCGCUGCCAGAAGGAAUUCCAAGCGACCCAAGUAUUCAAGGUUCACACAGCAAGAACUUUCAGCAUGUAAACCUAUUCUCACUCCUAAAUGGGUGAUUUUGACGUUCUUGCUUGUCGCUUUUGUAUUUAUUCCCAUUGGAGUUGUCUCUCUCAUUGCUUCUCGAAAUGUUGUUGAAAUUAUUGAUCGCUAUGAGACUGUCUGCAUUCCUAAAAAAGACAAUGUGUCCGAGGUCGGGUUUAUCCAAAGCUCUCAAGACAAAAACUGCAGCAGAACUCUCAGGGUUUCGAAGUAUAUGAAGAAACCGAUUUAUGUUUAUUACCAGCUUGACAAUUUCUACCAAAAUCACCGCAGGUAUGUAAAGAGCCGAAGUGAUCAACAGUUACGAAACCGAGCGAGUGAGUACGAUGUAAAAUCAUGUAAACCUGAGGACCAAAAAGAUAAAAAACGGCCAGUAGUUCCUUGUGGACUUAUAGCAUGGAGUCUGUUCAACGACACUUACGCCUUCUUUCGUAACAACCAGAAGUUGACUGUCAACAAGAAAGGUAUUUCGUGGAAAAGUGAUAGAGACUACAAAUUCGGAGAAAAAGUCUACCCGAAAAACUUUCAGAAUGGGCCUCUGAUAGGUGGUGGCAGGCUCGAUUCAUCUAAACCGUUGAGCGAACAGGAAGAUCUUAUUGUGUGGAUGCGAACUGCAGCUCUUCCAACUUUUAGGAAAUUGUAUGGGAAAAUCGAAGUGGACCUUCAAGUUGAUGAUGUCAUCGAUGUCUCGAUAGGGAACAAUUAUAAUACUUACAGUUUCAAAGGCAAGAAGACACUUGUUCUUUCUACCAGCAGCUGGCUCGGAGGAAAAAACGAGUUUAUUGGUAUUGCGUAUCUCACAGUGGGUGGAUUGUGCAUGUUUUUGGCCAUGGUUUUCAUGCUUAUUUAUCUAAUUAGGCCAAGGCAACUUGGAGAUCCAUCUCAUCUGUCGUGGAAUCGGAGCUCGGGAGGUCACUAA